CCUAGCUUCCUUUCUAUACGUCACUUCCGCCUCCUCAUUGGCAAAGCAAGAUGGCGGCCGUCGUUGAGAGGGUCGACGGAUGUGUUGGGUCCUUGGACUCAGACGCGGUGUCACCGAGACAAUCCACUCCUCCACCGGACCAGCCGCACCAGAACAACCCGCUGUUAGGACUGCCCAUCGUGGCCAUUGAGACUAUCCUCAAUUUCUUGUCCUACGAUGAAAUCAGCCUGCUCCGCUCGGUGUGUAAGCGCAUGGACAUGAUCUGCCAGCGUGUUCUCAAUCAGGGCUUCCUAAAGGUGGAGCGUUACCACAGUCUGUGUCAGAGGCAAGUUAAAGCCCAACUACCCAGGCGAGAGUCAGAGAGGAGAAACCAUUCACUGGCCCGUCAUGCUGAUAUCCUGGCUGCCGUGGAAACGCGCCUCUCUCUGCUCAACAUGACCUUCAUGAAAUAUGUCGACUCCAACCUCUGCUGCUUCAUCCCUGGAAAGGUGAUAGAUGAGAUUUAUCGUGUGCUACGCUAUGUGAACUCCACUCGUGCCCCCCAGCGAGCUCAUGAGGUUCUUCAGGAGCUGAGGGAUAUCUCCUCCAUGGCCAUGGAGUACUUUGAUGAGAAGAUCGUCCCCAUCCUGAAGAAGAAGCUGCCAGGUGCUGAUCUGUCUGGCCGUCUCAUCGGGUCUACACCAGUGGCAGGUCCAUCUACCUCCCUGACCACCAUGUCCCUGCUGGCCAAGAACACACCAUCCCGCUCUGAGAUGACCAAGGUGCAGCAGCAGGUGAAGGUGAAUGGGGCGUCCAUGACAGUAAUGCGGAGGGAGAUGCAAGAAAUUCGUGUCAAACAGCUGGAGCAGCAGAAGCAGCUGCAGGACCAGGAGCAGAAGCUGCUGGAACAGACCCAGGUGAUUGGUGAACAGAACGCCCGGCUUGCGGAGCUGGAGCACAAGCUCCGUGAACUGAUGGACAGUAGCGCCGCUGCAAUUGGAGGACCCAGGCCCAACACAGCCGUCCCCUCCACAUCUAGCAGCGUGUCUUCAACUGUUGCCAGUACGUCUGGUACUCUGCCGGCAAGUGGCAGCGUGGCUGCAGUCUCGAUACCAGUAGAGCCAGAGGGUCAGGGAGGGUCAUCACUCAAACGCACCAGAAAGAACCUGGACCUUCCACGGCAGUCGAAACGGCUGCGCAGCAAGAAAUAAGAGACUAUGUGUGUCAUUUAGUUAAGUUUUGUUUUUGGUUUCAACAUCUGACUGAUCACACCUUAUUCCCAAUCCCUUGCGUCACCAACAGUCAUUACCUGUUCGGCCUGUCAGAUGAGUCACAAAUAGAAAUAUCCCUGUAUGCUUUACCAGUGUUAUCUCUUUUUUGUGGUAUUGGAUUUGAGAAUAGUGUUAAAUACGUUGCUUAAAACAAUGAGCCCACAGCUUCAUCACGACUUUGCACACCGUUGACAGGGUCAACAUUAAAUUUUAAUUUACUGUUACUGUCUUUUGUUUUUCUAUAUUUCUCUUGUUAACACAUUGCAUGAAAACCCCCACAGCAACAGGUUGAUGUGUCCUUCAACACUUUCUGAUUUCCCCUUCCACCUGUGGCUUUCAGCUCCGAGCCCAUUGGUUCAUACUGAAGACGUGAAUCUCAUAAAUAUAUAGUCAAUUUAAAAAGUUCCAAACACAGCUGCACGCUGUAGUAUUUAUCAAACAAACAGGAGCAAAUGGUGUGAGAGUUAGAUGAUAGUAAUGAAGGAACAUGUGACCCAAUGCAGCAAUGUGGCUAUCUUUUGUUUUUAGGGCACAGAGGAUUAUGAUGUAUCAUGCUUUAGACACAUACAGUAGUUGUUAGUAGGAUCAGUUCAGCGUUUUUUUCAGUCUAAACAUGGGAGUUGAGAAUAUCUCCAAACUUACAAGGAUUGUUUGAGUUGUCAUCAAGACUAGAAAAGCGCUCAUAAAUACAAACCAUUUGUUAGUCUCAGCUAUAUCAGGGGGUGGGCAGGAAGUAGGCCUACGCAGCAAGACUGUCUAUUGAAGAUCACAUUGAAAUUACUGCACAGAUUUUAAUUGUAGAUGCUUUUCCAAGAAGCUUGUAUGUUUAUGUUCUGGUAUUACAGAGCAGAAAUUCAGAUGUUCUGUGAAAAAACACAAGUGACAAUGUGCAUGAAUAAUCCAAAAUACUACUUAUAAUGCUGGAACCAAAUUGAAGUGAUUAUAGGUAAUAAUUGAUGUCCCUUUCAUUUUCUCAUGAGGAAGUCUGCAUCCAUAAACAUUUAUUUCAUUCACAUUUGCUUUUUCCUGACUUGAAUAUGUGCAAUAACAAUCAUCUAAAUAGUAUGUAGUUAUAUUCCUUUCCAGUUGCUUCACUAUUCUAUUCAAAAUUGCUGCUCAGACCUUUCCAAUUCAAUCUGAUCAGUUUAUGAAUCCCCCUUCAAGGAAGGAUGUGGUCUUACAGAAGGAAAAGGCAGCGUUCAGGUAGCAUUAGUCAGUGUCACCUGUCGACUGAAGCCCUCUCUGCUUUGCAGGGCCUAACAGAGAGGUAAAUGUUCUUUAUAAGGGGAUUGCAUUUCCAAGAUAUCAUUGUUUGAAAUGUAGCUGUGGCUCUGCUUUGUGUGAGAAUAGUUUCUUCAAAAGAUGUACAGCGAGAGCAGACCCUUUAUAGCUUCACUUUCUCAUUAGAAGUUACUGUAUGUGGAGAAAGAAACUAUAUGACUACAGUCCAAUGGCAACAUAAUGUUUAGCAUCUGUCCUUUAAGGAUCAUACCGGUGUUUUUACGUAUUUCAUCCCAUAUUCUGCAAUUAUUGUACUGCUCAAUACAGCUUAACAUUUUGCAAAGAA